UUUCUUCCUCCUAGUUUACCGUGGAGGCAUGUCAGAAGUUUCAUUCGAAAAUUCAAGUCAGGUCUAAAAGUGCAGAAUGGGUGUGUUGCACUCAACACAGAGUAAGGAAGGCGAAAAGUGUCAGCAUGUUACAGAAGUAAUCCAAGCUGACAGCAACAGUAGUGAAGAGGAAAAAUCGACAGCUGCCACGCAACAAAGAGAUUUGGGGAGCAUUGAGGGAGAUUCCACUGUGCACAUGUCUGACAACAGUGCCACUAAAAUAGGAGUGGGGAUGCCAGAAGGUUCCAAUGAGUUGAAGAUUUGUGUUACAGACAAUGUUAACAUCAUGAAGCUGGUUUCAGGGAUUGCAAGUGAUGGCACAACUCAGUCCCCUCGGGAAAGAGGGUGUCCAAAACUCACAAAGCAUGAAGAAUCGGGAGACGUCCAUGCUGACAUUUCUGUUCAAACUCAAGUUUCCCAGGAACCGGCCAGUAAUGAAGACAGCCUUACGAGUCCGACAGUCCAAUCUCCUAAGAAAAGAGGCAGGCCAAGGAAUUCUGAGACGGCGGAUGUCAAAAACUCACCGAAGGGAGACUCUGAAAUACCAACAAAGGGUCGUCCAAAAGGGUCCACGAAGCACAAGUUCGAAUGUUUAACAAGUGAAGAGAAUGAGAGACCGACGCUGGGGUUCGAGUUGAGCAGUGAGGAAGAAGAGGAGGAGGAUGAUGAUGAUGAUGAUGAUGAUGGAAGCCUAUACUCUCCAAUAAGGAAGAAAGGUCGACCUAGGAAGGUGGUAACACCAGAGGGGUCGACACAGAACACAUCAAAUGAAACCCCAGAGACGGCUAAAAGAGGGAUGGGGAGGCCGAGACAAAGUAUCGUACAGGAGAGCGGAGAUGAACAGGAACCGCCAGUUAAGAAGGCAAUGGGUCGACCGAAAGUCAGUUUCAAAAAGAAGGUGCUCGAUGAGGAAGUCCAGCCUGAGAGUAGCCCGCCCCAAAAAGUUCCAGCCAAAAUGGGAAGGCCACGAAAAUACCCUUUGCCCACCCUUGAGGAGCUGAAUGCGCCAAAAGUACAGAAGAAGCUUGGAAGGCCUCGCAAGAGUUUACCCGCCUCUUCGUCCUCACCAAGCAGGGACGUUGACACCCCCAAAAAAAGGGGUCGUCCCCCAGGUACUCCAAAAAGUGACGUUGGUACCCCAAAAAAAAGGGGUCGUCCUCCAGGUAGUCCAAAAAGUGAUGUUGGCACCCCGCAUAAGAGGGGUCUCCCUAGAUGUUCAGUCAGACAAAGGGAUGCCAAGCUCGAGUCCACCCUCACCGAACAUUCAGAAGGAAGUGAUGCAUCUUCUGAUGGGGAAGAGUCGGUAGAAUAGGAGGUGGGGCGAAACACAAAGACAUCCAACGAGCACGGGACAAUACAAACAAAUCCCUGAUUCAGGAUGUAAGCCAGGGAUUAGUUACCAAAUAUGAAAUAAUCAAAAAUGGAAUAUUCCCUGAUUUGAGCUUCUAAAAUGUGAAAAUAUUUGUAUUUUUUUUUACUACUCUUUGACAGUAAACUGAAUAUAUUUUAGUUCUGGUAAAAACAAGAUGUCUUAUAUUGUCAUCUUGAGCUUUGGUUAACACUGAGCAACAUUUUUAACAAUUUUCUGACAUUUCGAGACCAUGAUCAUCAACAAUGAGGAAUAGUUCGUUUCAGCCCUACUCUGGAGUUUGUGACCAGAGGAACCAUCCAGGACUGACCCAAAAGUUGCUGUUUAAAACAUAGAAUACAAUUUUGUAAAUGAAAAAGUGUUUUUGAUAUUUGUUCAGUUAGGUAGGCUUCUUCAGAUUUACUUCCAUGAUGUUUGAAUGGGCUUAUUUCUUUAUUUCAAAUUAUUUUAUUACUGCCAUCUGAGUAGUAGUACUACAUUUCUUUUUAAUAGAGCUAGCGUAUACUUUCAAGUGUAUCAUUAUAAACUGAUUGUGACAUUUUUCAUGCAGCGUUCAGAUGUAGUAUUAGUCAGUUUGACUGUAACUGUGAAACGGUUCUACUUCCCAGUUCUGUGAAAUGAUUUAAGAAGGAACAAAAGUUGAAACUCUGGAAAGUUAAUACAAAAAGUGAAACUAGAGAGAGGUGAAGUUCUGAUAUCACCUCUGUUCCGAAUAGCUACUGUACUGUAACUCAAAACAAUCUGCAUUUCUGAAAUGAAUAAUGUGAUCUUGGGGUGAACUACCUUUUUUUCAGGACAUACUAGCAUAUAUAAACAGAGCGAUAUCAAACAGUGAUUUUCAACUUUGAAAACUGUAUGUGGCAUGUUAAGAGUAAAGAGGGGACUACAUGUGAACAUAAUGUUUUGGUUACAUUAGUAUUUUAAAUUUUACAGUGUAAAAAGUCUAAAACAAGUCACUUCUGAGCCUACAGAGAAUUAUUGUUGAAUAUUUCUCAUUGUAAAGUUUUAAUGUUUGUUCACCCACUGCUUUUAUGGCACCAUUUUCAGCCCCAAAAGGCAGCGGUCUUUAGCACAAAAAAAAACGUAUAAAUAGCCGACGCACAAAGGAGAAGGACAAAUGAAAGGACCAGUUGGAGCAUGAGCAACUAAAGAGCCGGAUGUUUCUCUCAGGAGUUGGUGAAGACCAAAACGGAGCUUAAAAUGAGUGAAUAUUGAAACAUUCUCUCAAACAAGACUCCUAAUGACUGAUGAUGUUUUCUGUGUAACUGCCUGAUGUAUAUCAAUACAAUACGGCAACACUUUGUCAUAUUGUUACAUACAGUAUGGAAAGCUUUUUAUUUUGUAUUUUUAUAACUUGGGACCGUCAUGAUGUAAACUUCUUAAUUUACUUGAUUUUUGGCACCACAAGUAAAUGUGUGUCAUGACCUGUACAUCAUUAUUAUUUUAAGUCAAUAAGCUAGUAAUAAGUUAGUCGACAUAUUUCCAUUUUGUGUGUUUUGAACAAGAAGUCAUU